AUGGUUGUUGGUAGCAUCAUUGGAGCUGGCAUAUUUGUCAGCCCUACAGGGAUGCAGGAAGCUGCUGGCUCUGUUGGAUCCUCACUUAUCAUGUGGGUUGUUUGCGGUAUAUGGGUUGGUAUCGGUGCGUAUAUGUACGCUGAGUUGGGAACUCUGAUCACCAAAUCCGGGGGCGAUUAUGCUUACAUCUUAGAAGCAUUUGGACCAUUUUUGGCUUUCAUCCGUUUAUGGAUUGAGAGCAUAGUUGUAAGGUAAGC